UCUACUCUGCAAUGGGCUUGCUCAAGCUUCCACUGGUGGUUUUACUUUGCUCGGUUUUUUCUCUUUUGGGUUUCAUACUCUGUGAUGACUCAGAGCUCACUGUGAAGUUCUUGACGACUCCCCAUGCAUUCUCAAAACUCAACUCAACCAUAUUCGUCUUUGAAGUUCUUGUGGGUGGGAGUGGCACUUGCACCAAUUGUAAUAUCACUUGCAAGCUGGAUGAUGGCAUUGCUUCGAAUUGUGAAGGUAGGACGGUUUCGUAUGCAGGUUUGCAGGAUGGAAAUCAUACAUUUGAGGUUUGCACCAACGGGUCCCGAGGAGUUGGCUGCGGUAGCUAUAGCUGGACUGUUGAUACAGUCCCGCCUACGGCAUAUAUCACAACCUCAACACCUUUCACAAAUGCUCUGAAUGUUUCUAUAAAUAUAUCUUUUAGUGAACCUUGUACUGGACCUACUGGUGGAGGAGGUUUUGUGUGCUCGUCUGUGAAUGACUGCAAUCUUUUGGUCUAUGGUGCUGGCCAAGUUAUACCAUCCUCGCUCAACAUUCUACAGCCAAACCUUCAAUAUUCUGUCCUUGUGGGUUUAUCAUCCACUGAUCAGUAUGGGCGAGUGAUUUUGGCAAUGGAUAAUAAUUUUUGUACUGACAGUGCCGGGAACAAAUUUACAAGAAACCCGAAUUCUACUCUCCAUGUGCAUUUUGAUAGACGAAGAAUGUUUGUGAACUUAACUACUCAUGUUCCAGAAAGGCUACUUCAACUUAAUGGUGAAACUAGACUGGUGCGAGCAACUAAUAACUGUAUUAAACUAAGGGUGUGUUUAACCUUUCCAGAGCCAGUUCUCAACUCAUCUGCAGAAAUUUUAAAUUCUCUCAAAGUGCAAAUUUUAUAUGCUCUCCAAUUGAGUCAGGGCACACUUCUUCCUCUGGCCGUCAGUAAACAACAUCCAGGGCAUCGCAGAUUUGAAUAUAAGGCUGCUACAUGUGUAUCUGGCAUGGCUAUAGUCACAGUAAACAUUAAUUCAACUAUAAUAUGCAUUUCAGGGACUCCAGUUUCCCAAGUUGAACCAAUUACUUUCCUAUAUGAUUCUCUGAGAUCUGCUGUAAUGUUGAGUACACCACGUUCAGAAUCUCUUAGGCCCGCUGUAAUGUUGAGUACACCAUCCCAUAUUAGGACAAGAGAACGCAACAUCCCUAUGUUGAUAAAAUUCGUGAAGCCUGUAUUUGGCGCCAACUCUUCUAUAUUAUCAAUCACAGGAGGGAAUAUACAGAGCUUUAAAGAAAUAAGUUCAAGAAUAUAUGCUGUAGAGAUAAAAGCAGAAAAUGAUAGUGUAUACUGUGUAUCCGUCUUUGUUCCUGAAAACGUGAUUGGGGAUGUUGCUGGAAACAAAAAUCUACGUUCCAAUGAUCUACAACUAUGUCCCUAUCAUGUGCCCAAAAUAUCUUCUGUGCUUGCUGUGCUUGCAACUGCUUCAUUUGUGGCAACAGCUGUUGCUGCCGGGCUGCUUACGGUUUCAAUUGCAAGCCUUUCCUCCAUUGGGGCAUUUCCAACACCAUUUUCAUCUUUUUCUAAUCCUGCAAGGAAUCUUUUUAGAAGUGCAUGCCAUAUUCAGGUUUUUGCAUUAUCUAGAUGGUUGGCAGUGAAACUGCCAGUGAAUUAUUAUGAAUUUGCAAGGGGUUUGCGAUGGAGCAUUCCCUACUUCAGUCUUCCAUGGGAGUCUGGGCACAUCCAGCCAGUCGUGGUGGGCUCAAGUCCUCUGACCAACUCAGAUUCCUACAGGUCUAAAAUUCAUGAUUCAGGAAUUUUCCUGGGUGUGCAGCCAAAACAAGGGAAUUUGAGUAGGGCUGCUUCCAUAUACAAAGCACGAUUGCGGCCAAAUCCCAAAGAAUAUAUAUCAUUAUUUCAGAACAAUAGUAAACCAGAUGCUGAAUAUAAUUUGGAUGGGUGGGAGGAUUUUAGUAGAACCAUGUUCUGGUUAGCCAUAAUUGGUGGCAGUUUAAUACUGCUGCAUGCUCUACUCCUUGCCAUCCUAAAAUUUAGGAAGCAAAAGCAGAGGGGUUAUGGACUACUCACAUUCCCAAGAUUUGAAAUAUUCCUUGUAAAUCUUGCACUACCUAGUAUUUGUGAGGCCUCUUCUGCUCUAAUUAGAGGAGGAACACGAUCAGGGAUUGUAGUUGGCAGUCCGUUUCUGGGUGCUGUGUCUUUUCUACUGCUAGCCUUGCUCUGGUUCCUCUCUACACGCAUUACAUUUGCAAAGCAACUUCAAUACAAGGAAGAUCAUCAAGCAGGUCGGAGAUUUUACAAUCUUGGAAAUAGAGGCCAAUGGACAAGGAAACAAAACUCUAAUUGCCUAAUCAUUUUAGGGCCUCUAUACGAAGAUAUAAGAGGCCCCAUCCUCUCACAGAUUUCUGGAGAAAGUGUUGAUAAAGAUGGUGAUGGGAUCAUUGCCUCUAAUGAGGAAACUGAAGAGCUUUGUCCAAAAGUAGAAGAGGUUUCUGGGGACAAUGUUGUGAUAACAUCAGGGACGAGGCUUGACUUAGCUCCACCAAGUUCAGCACGAAGUACUUCCCGUUCAACUCAACCGAGUCCUAUUCCCUCAGCAAGACCACACACUGCAACAACUUCGACUGGCUCCUUGACGUCUAGCUCAAGUGUUCAUCCACACGUUGAUGAUGGGAUCAUUGCCUCUGAUGACGGGAUCAUUGCCUCUGAUGACAAAACUGAAGAGGUUUAUCGAAAAGCUGAAGAUCUAGAGGUUUUUGGGGGCAGUGUUCAUUCACAUUCAGAGGCACCUUUUAACCAAAAGCUGUUUGGGAAACUCAGAUUAUACUACACAUUGCUUGAGUCCUUAAGACGCAUUGUACUAGGGACUAUGACUGGUGUCUAUAAGGACCAUUGGCCUUCUGAGAUUCCCACUAUAAUAUUGCUAUGCAUCACUUCUUUUCAGCUCUUAUUCCUCGUUCUCAAUAAGCCAUUUAUUAAUAAUGCAGUUCAGUUUGUUGAGAUCAUUUCAGUUUCUAGUGAAGUAUGUGUAUUUGCUAUUUGUUUAGUUCUCCUGGAGAGUCCGUCUAUAGCCCAAGAUGAGACUAUGGUUGGAGUGUUCAUGCUUAUACUUUUCCUAUUGGGAUUUUUACCACAGAUGAUGAAUCAAUGGUAUGCUCUCCAAAGACAGAUAAAGCAGAUGGACUCUAAAAAGAAGCGUUUCCUAACUGGUUUGAAGAUAGUUUCAAUAGGAUUAGCUCUGCUUUUCAUCUCACAGGAUUUUUUGGAUAACGAGUUCCCAGGAAUUUUUGGGGAUGGUGACCAAGGGCAGGAAGAGGAUAAUGUCAAUAUUGAUGACCAAGGGAAGGAAGAGACUAAUGACACUGGUGACCAAGCGAAGGAAGAGACUAAUGACAAAGAUGGCGAAGGGGAGGAAGAGACUAAUAGAAGGAACUCUGGGAGUAGCAACAGAAGCAAUCCUAGGAGAAGGAAUAGGAACAGGAACUCUGGGAGUAGGAACUCGGGAACAACUGUGCCAGAAAAAUCAUGGUUAAACCAAUUGGUAGAUCCUGUUAUGAACUGUAUGGGAUUGCCUAAGAUAAUUUAAAGAUGGCAGCCAGCAAUGUGACCCAUUAGAGUUGUAAUUUGAUUUAUUAGAUUAUCUUAGUUGCUUAGUUGUUAUUUGAUAAGCAUAUAAGGAUUCUAUGAAAGCCUAUUGAACAAUAAUAUUAGAUUAUCAGAA